AAUAAUAAUAAUAAUAAUAAUAACAAUAAUAAUAAUAAUAAUAAUAAUAAUAAUAAUAAUAAUAAUAAUAAUAAUAAUAAUAAUAAUAAUAAUAAUAAUAAUAAUGGUAUUAAUAAUUAUAAUAGUAAUAGUAAUAAUAAUAAUAAUAAUAAUAAUAAUAAUAAUAAUAAUAAUAAUAAUAAUAAUAAUAAUAAUAAUAAUAAUAAUAAUAAUAACAAUAAUAAUAAUAAUAAUAAUAAUAAUAAUAAUAAUAAUAAUAAUAAUAAUAAUAAUAAUAAUAAUAAUAAUAAUAGUAAUAAUAAUUAUAAUAGUAAUAGUAAUAAUAAUAAUAAUAAUAAUAAUAAUAAUAAUAAUAAUAAUAAUAAUAAUAAUAAUAAUAAUAAUAAUAAUAAUAAUAAUAAUAAUAAUAAUAAUAAUAACAAUAAUAAUAAUAAUAAUAAUAAUAAUAAAAUAAAUAACAAUCAUAAUAAUAAUUAUUAUUAUAAUAAUAUAAAUAACAAUAACAACAAUAACAAUAACAAUAACAAUAACAAUAAUAAUAAUAAUAAUAAUAAUAAUAAUAAUAAUAAUAAUAAUAAUAAUAAUAAUAAUAAUAAUAAUAACAAUAAUAAUAAUAAUAAUAAUAAUAAUAAUAAUAAUAAUAAUAAUAAUAAUAAUAAUAGUAAUAAUAAUUAUAAUAGUAAUAGUAAUAAUAAUAAUAAUAAUAAUAAUAAUAAUAAUAAUAAUAAUAAUAAUAAUAAUAAUAAUAAUAAUAAUAAUAAUAAUAAU